AUGUCCUAUUUUGACCAAAACGUGGAUGGCGGCGUGCGAGUGGGAGACCCCAACUCGAGCGGCGAUGCGACCCCGACGCCCCAGACGCCCACCGAUGGUCUCUAUUCGCGAAACGGCCGUCUGACGCCGAGCCCUCACUAUGCCCGGCCCCGGCCCAUCCCUGCUGGACCCGGCGACGGCGGCGCUGCGCCACGACGGAACCUCCGAAACAUCUGGGAAGGGGCAAACCGGCCGUCCCAGACAGGCACGACGCCGCACGUUGUAUUUCCCGCCUCGCCCAACAGUUCCGAUCAUAGCGUCACGAGCAUACAGCACGGACUCCCUUCGCGCAAUCACGGGAUGGACGCCAACGACUGGGAAACCGGUCUGGAGAGACUGCGACUAGACGAAGACAUGCCCCGACAGCUCCCAGCAUCGGGAGAGGCACCUCGACACGUGCAAACCUACUAUGGCUCAUAUCCUCAUACAAGGUCCCCUAUCCCGCCGCCUGUUGAGCCAGAGCCGUCGCUGAGACAGCUUUCCAUCUGGUCUGCGUACGGGAACCAAGCAAGUCCCAACCACUCUGCACAGAAUGGCGGCAUCAGUAGCAGCAUCGGUAGCAGCAGCACAGCUUUGUCAGAUCCGUACCUGUCGUUUCCUCCGCCCAUGAGAUACGACGCAGUGCCGCCCAGUUACCAGUCCCGCACAAGUCCAGACGCCGACUUGCCGGCGGCCCGGCGGCCCUUUACCGCGCAGCACAGCCCUCCCGUGCCCAUGCGCAUGGGACAGUCCUCGCAGUACAACGCACCCGCCGCGGGCGGCCCCUCCUCCUACCCUCCUCCGGUGCCAUUCCUUCUGCAGCCGCGCUUCCAGGGCUUCCUCCCGAUGCAAGCGAUCCGGUCCGGCCGCGAGCCCUCUCGCAGCAGUAGCAGCAGUAUCAUCCCCGGGCCGCUGAGCAACGCCUCCGCCAGCACCAAUAGCAACAACCCCCCCGCUCCAUCCCACCGCUUCUCGGACCGCUACCACGGCAUGCACACAGAGUCCAACGCAAGCGCCGAGCACCUGUCGGCAGAGCAAAACGCCAGCCUCUGGAUCACCAACCUGCCGCCCGACAUCACCCACCGCGAGCUCCUCGCGCAGAUCCGGUACAUGGGCCGCAUCUGGUGCUGCUUCAUCAACGGGCCCGAUGGGCUCGCGCACAGCACCGCCGCCGCCAAGGUCGUCUUCUUCCAGCCCGCCGCCGCCCAGCGGCUCCUCGCGCACGCCCUCGAGCACGGGCUCGUCAUCCGCCAGCACCGCGCCAAGGUCGCCCAGAACCGCAUCAAGACGGGCGGCACCACGCCCCGCGGCGGCGACGACUCCCGCGUCCUGCUCAUCACCGGCCAGGACCACUUCGUCAACGAGAAGACGCUGACGGCCUACUUUGGCGAGCGCUUCGUGUUCCAGAUCGACGAGGUCAAGACGCUCAUCCGCGGCGGCGGCCGCGCUGUCGUCGAGUUCCGCUUCGGGAGCUAUCGCUGCCAGGCGCAGAUGGGCAAGAUCUCGCUGGAAAAAGACAGGCCGCUCGGGUUCGAAAAGGCCGAGUUUGGAGAGGACCCGUGUGAGGUGGGCGAGACGUGGACCUCUCACCAGGUCGCCCUGCUGCGCAUUCGGGGUAUUGGGCUUUGA